AAUAAAAUAAUUUUACUCAAUUUUAAUGAUUUUGUGAAAAUUUUGUUUAUUCUCUUCUUUAGGCUGUGUACUGUACUCUGCUAAUAAUGGCGUGGUUCUCUUCGAUAGCUGGUAAAGCCGAGCAGCUUCUCAAUCAGUUAGACGAAGCUGCUGCCACCUCACUACGUGACUCUGGCAUGACCACGCCCAACAAGUCCCAGACCACGCCCACAACCUCAGACUCCUUUCAAUCAGAACCUGUUGCAAAAACUGGUUUAUCGUACGAGCCAGUGGCCCAGUCUCCUCCAGCGUAUAGCUCAAGACAGCAACAGCAUGGGGCGCCACCAUUGAAAUCAACUGUAUCCAGUAGCAACGUUGCUCCACCCACUUGGGACUCACCGUGGGGUGUUCCUUUUUCCUCUUCCAGUCCAAAAGUAUCUCGUUCAUCUACUGGUGAUGGGCGGGGCCAGCAAGCUAAGGAGGACGACUCAUUAUUAGAUUUUCUUAACAGUCCGUCCUCGGGAAGUGGAAAGAAGAAAACCACACCCACUUCUACAGGUAGCGAGAAAAGAGCUAAAAUAAAGAAAAGCAAAGUUACUGCUACUACUACUAAUAUCACUGGUGAAUCUACUGAUUCAGCUCUAUUAGGAUUACACGACAAAGUGAUAUCACUUGAUUCUGCCAAAACUGAUCCUGUUUCUUUUUCAGAUUUGACUAAUAAGCCUCCCCUCCAGAUCAAGCCCAUAUCUACUCCGCCCAUCAUAUCCUAUCAACCUUCUCAAAAGCAGGAGCAGCAGCUGGCACAGAGUAAGACUCAGCAAACUGAGGAAGGAGCGAAACCAGUUGAACCGGUUGAGGGAGGUCUCUUUACUGUAACACAGAAACAGCUUGAAGAGGAGAAUAUGAGACUGAGGGAAGAAAUCAGUUAUCUCAGUGCUGAAUUGAGGAAUAAUAAAAUUAAAAAUGAUGAGAGAGGAAAAGUUGAGUCACAAUUGAAAAUUGAUGUUAGCUCAUUAAAGAAACAAGUAUCACAAUUGGAGCAGCUACUCCAGAGGAUGAGAUCUCAAGAAGAUGACCUCAAAUCAACGCUAGAAUCAAGAGAAUCACAGAUACAGGUACUACGAACUAGACUAUUAGAAUCGGAUGAAAAAUUAAAGAUGAUGAAAGAAAAAAUGGAAGAGACAGAGAGAGCGAAAGAUCAGUUUUUAUCUGAUGUUGGUAAGAGCUCAGAUGCUCAGAAUCAGGCAAUACUAAGCGUAAAGUCACAGCUAGAGCAAUCGCAGCAUCAGCUCUUACAAGAGAGGGAGAACCAGACAAGACUAAAAGAAGAAUUUGAGGAGAGAGAGUUUUCUUGGAAUAAAGAGAGAGAGGAGAUGAGUCAGACACUUUACAUGCAAGGGAAAGAACUUCAAAUGCAGCAACUAAAAUAUUCCGAGUGCCACAAUAAUCUCCAAUCAGUGAAACAAGAGUUGCAAUUGUUGCAUAAAGAGCACAGCGAGUAUAAAGUGAAGGCUGCCGGUAUAUUACAGGCCAAAGAGAAAGUGAUUGAUUCCUUAAAAUCCUCGAGCGAAGGAGGAGGAGGAGAGAGGGGACUGGAGGCAGCACUGGAUGAGAUGAGGAGUGAGAAAUAUCAACUACAAUCUCAACUGAUCAAUAAUGAACAAGUUAUAUUAUCACUGAGAACAGAACUACAGGAGAUAGAAGAUUCUCGUUCAUUGGAAGUUGAUGAGCUAAGGCAGCAAGUGACACUAUCAGAAGAAACAUUAGAGACAGAGAGACAGGCUCAUCUUACUACCCAGGAUGAACUGUCCUCUUUACAGAAGGAGUUGGAUUCUUUAAAAGAUGAGCUUGUGAAAGAGAAGGCGACAUUUGUAGGACAAAUGAGAGAAAGGGAGAAAAUGAUUGAAGAUUUAAAGUCACAAGUUAAGAGUAGUUCCAGCCAACCAGAUUCAAGCAGGCAGCAGCUGGAAGAGAGGCUGAAAGAGUUGACUGAGAGUUUGAUUGAGAAACAGACUAACCUGGAGGAACUUACAGCAGAAUACAAUUCAACACAGCUCCAACUUAAGAGAGCUGAAACAGCUGCUACUGAAGCUCAAGCUAAAAUCAAAGCAGCUGCUAAUAGACCAUCACACACUGUCCUUAACAUAGAGUCUGACUCGACUGGCUCUGGGUCUUCAUUACAGCCAAUGGCAUCAAUGUUACCAGAGAGUGAUUCACUAAGACCAAGGCAUCUAAGAAGAGUUAGGAAUACACUUGAUUCUGUGGACAAGAUUGGGUUACGUGUUGCUUGGGUAUUAAGAAGGUAUCCUUGUGUUAGAUUAUUGACCAUUGGAUAUAUAUUGUUAUUACACCUGUGGGUGAUGAUUGUAUUAUUCACUUAUCAACCAGAGAUUCAUCAAGAAUAACUUUUAUAUCAAUAAUGAUUACUGUAGUAAUUUUAUUCAAUCAAUAAUAAUAAUCACAAUUUUUAUCCACCACUCCAUACUGCUCCUCCCUAUUUGCUGUCACAGCAAUUCUUGAGCUGUUUAGCCUGUUUACUGCCGACUAAAAAUAUGGCCACUCCCGAGGAAGAAGCUCUCAGGGUUCAGAUAGCAGAUUUGAAUAUGGCUUUGGCUAGAAACGAGCCCCUCAUACCUCUAUUCGCCAAUGCUCUUCAAGCUAACGGAGUCAUCCCUGAGGCUGUCAGUCUGAGCGCUGCCAAUCAACACAACAAUGCUAUUUCCAGAGCUGGUGGCCUUAUAACCUCUUGCAUGUCCUCUGUGAAGCUUACUCCUAGCAAGUUUGGUGUGAUAGUUAAAGUGCUGACGGAUGUGGGGCUGAAGGAAUCAGGAGACAGUCUUGUGAGAGCUUUAAUUGCUAAAGGAGGAGAAAUACAGGAAACUGAUGGAGCUCAAAGCUACUCUGGAACAGCUAACAAUGAAGCACAAGCAGUGAGUGGGAACGGACACACAAGAGAUGUGGACGUUAGUAGCGUCAUCAAAAUAUUGGAUAAAGUUUUGAACGAGAACCAAGUCGCAAUAAACGAUGCUUUUGAGGGAUCGAUCCCCGACAUUGCUAGAGAACUAAGUCAGUGUGACAUUAUAACAAAGUCUGUAUUGAAGUCACCAACAUACGAGGCCAUCAUUGGGAACUUUAGAUCAGGAAUGAGAUGCACUGAUACUCUCCUUAGUCUAGAGAACUAUUGUUUUAGCUUUUUACAAGGACUGGGUAAUGUUGGUGGACCAGUGAAUAAGGCUGCCAAAA